AUGUCGGAGCGCCUGGCUGGAGUGAUUCGACGCUUCGCGCUGCAGCUGCGCACGGCGGGCUUCGCCGGUGAAGUGCCUAAACCGGAGUUGCAGUGCAUCCUGCGCAUUUUUUGGGUGAACGGCUUUCCCUUUGGAGAGGACGGCUCAGCAGUCUUUCCAACAGCAUGCUAUUGCGCGCAUUCCUGUACGCCCAAUGCCGCCUACUACACCGAUGGGCGCCAUGCACAUGUGGUGGCCAUGCAGCCCUUGUGCAAAGGAGACCUCAUCGAAAUCUCCUACAUCCAGCCGCCGUACAUGUUGCUGCCCAGAGACCUUCGACAGCAAUACAUUGAGAGCACAAGAGGCUUUUGCUGCCUUUGCAACCGCUGCAUCGGGGAGCAGGACUCAACUGUGGAAGAUGAGCCCACUCAUCGUAGCCGACUGGAUGUGGAACUUGAUGUGAUCGCCUUCGCAGAGAACCCAGCAGCCCUAGACUUCGAGGAUGGCUCUGAGAUCCUCCCUCGUGGUGUCCAACUGGAAGUUCUAUUGGCCCAAUGUUCCAUGUAUGGUCGUCUAGAGCUGACUUUCUGGCUCCUGCGCUUACGUGUCUACCGUGACCUGGCACGCCUCGCCGGGUACCUCAACGCCUUGCGCUUGGAGGAUCUUCGGGAGCUGAUCUUGUGCGCAGGUGCCGUGCAUCAGCAUCUCUAUCAGAAGUUGGACCUUGGCUUGUUUUCCCCCUUCUUGGAGGGGGAGCUUCAUCGACCCAAAGACUUGACAACGACAUGGCUGACCUGUGCAGACAUCCUGAGCCUCAAAGCUCAGGAGAUUGAGGAGGCAUCUCUAGGUGAUGGCAGGACGGCGGAAGCUAGCUUUGUGGACGACGACCUUCUUGCUAUGGCCAUGCUUGGAAGGCACGUCGCCUUGCAGCUUGCCACGGAUGCUUGCAAGAGCCCGAUUCAAUGCUGCGAUGCGCGGUUGCAAGACAAGGGAUAUCACUGA